GAGGGGGAGCAGGCAGCGGCCGCGGCGGCAGCGGCCUGGUCUCCGGCGGCGGCCGCUCCGUGCCGUCGCAGAAUUGAAGUGGGUGUCAUUUUCACGAAGGCUGACCAGCAUCCCAAGAUGAAGACCAACCUGGUGCGCAUGUUGCAGACAAUAGCAGCGCACACACCAGAUUGUGUCAACUUUAACAUGUUCACCGACGAAAACAGCAAGGCAAUCAUCGGAACGGCGUCUAUGAAGGCGCGCCUGUCCGGGCGGUUUACGGUGACCAACCAUGCCAUCGCGCCAAUGGCCGACCAGAUGAAAUCACUGAUCGAGGUCAUGCAGGAACACUUCGCUCCGCGCAAGGGCACCUACUACAACGACGUGCUGUUCUUCCUCACCACGACCAUGCAUCGCUCGCUGCCGCGGCUGAAGCGCGUCAUCAUGAUGGACGUGGACAUCAGCGUGCGCGCCGACCUCGCCCUGCUCGACGACCACUUCGAGCGGUUCUCGCCGGAGAACGUGAUGGGCCUGAGCCUGGAGCUGUCGCCUGUGUACCGGCACGUGCUGGAGGCCCAUCGUCGCGAGACUGGUAACCUGACGGCGGGCGGAGCGCCGCCGGCCGGCUUCCCCGGCCUCAACAGCGGCGUCGUGCUGCUGGACCUGGCGCGCAUGCGCGCCUCGCGCCGCUACAACCAGCUGAUGACCGAGCACGAGAUCCGGCGGCGCACGGCCCGCUACCGCUUCAAGGGUCACCUGGGCGAUCAGGACCUGUACACGCUGCUGGCACUGGACGAGCCGGAGCUGUUCUACGUGCUGCCGUGCGGCUGGAACCGGCAGCUCUGCACGUUCUGGCGCUCCGUAUACGCCGACGUGUUCGACCAGUACUUCCGCUGCCCCGGCUCCAUCAGCAUCUACCACGGCAACUGCAAGGCGACCAUCCCCACGGAAGGCGAGCGGCGGGCUUGAGCGAAGGCGACAAUUCACACGAUUUGGCCCCGUUGGGUGCUCCUUUGUUGGCAAGCGUGGGGUCGCGCCCCUGUUACAUGGGUAUGAGAAUCUAGACUCGCGUGGCCACCUCCCACCACCUCCCUCAACCGUUAGUUCCUCAGUUCGUUGGCUUGUCUGCAGCCGCGCUGUGUGUAUCCCGAGAAACCCGCCGGAAGCCUCUUGUGUUAGCUAAAGCCAUGGCUGAAAGUGCCGUUAUUUGUCGCUCCUAACAGCUCCAUGUUAGUGAAUAGGUUUCUCGCGUGUGGCUGCUCGCGUCGGGUGUACAAAGGAAUGGUUGACAGCGAUCGAAAACGAAGUUCUGCGGGUGAUCACAGCUGUUUGGUGGUGGGCUUGCCUCUUCAUCCGUGCGAUGUCUUUUAGUGUAAGUGAUAAGCAGUCAAUACCUUGACUGUGGGGCGGGGAUCUGAGCGUCGCCCGAGUCCCAAAAAGUCGAAUAUUGCGGAGGGCUCAUUCAGCGUGUGACACAGGUGUGGAGCAGCGUGCGUUUCUUACGGGGUACGCGGCGCACUGGUUUUUGGGAGAGGGCUUUCCUGGAGUACAAAAUGCGUUCGGUUGUUGAUGAACAGGAUGGGGCUGGGACAGGUCCUCUGCGUUGAGUCCUCGAGGUUGGCAAAUACCGACGGUCGUCGCGGCCUGCCAGCCUACUUGUUAAACAUGUGUGUAAUGUUGACGUGGUCCACUUCUCCGGUUUUGGGUUCUGCACAUAUUUGCGACCAUUUUGAGGCUUCUCAUGGCAUUGCGCUUAGUCGGUACACCCUGCCAUGAAGUCGCUAUUUCGAAACAUUUUGAAACUUUGAUCACGGCCCACCGAAUGAAGGUUGAUGUAUGCCUACUUCAUUUCUGAUUCGAUAUUUUGUGCGGCAACAAGCUCCCUCUAAACCA